AUGAAAGUUGUUUAUGUGACUCGAAAAUCAGCAGUUAACUUUAUUUUUCAAUUAAUUGUUAAUUUCAUAACACUAUGUGCUACAUACGGACAGAUUCAAAUGGAGUUAUCCGAUCAGAAUGGAAUGAAUUCUGGGUUGGGAUAUCCUAAUGUUUUACCUGGUGAUUCAGUUCAAGUCGCUCAAAUGGGCCCAAGUGCAUUAAAUUCUGCAUCUGAUUCAUCUCAAAUAUCAACACCAUUACAAAGUACAGAAACUGUAAGUACAGAAAAUGUAGGUAGCGGGGAUUUAGCGGUUGGAGCUCAAGCCUCAAAUAUCCAGCCAGCAUCUUCAGUUGUUGGGAUUUUCCCAUCAUAUCGUCCGCAAUAUGGAUUUCCAGGUUAUCUACCUAGUGUGUUCCCGGGGAAAGGAGUUGCACCUGGUAUCAAUACACCACCAGACAACAUAGUUGUUGCUUCCUUCCCUGGGAGUACUCCCUCUGUCACACAACCAAGCAAUGCUCUACUUUCAGGUGGAGUUUUAACAAUGGCAUCAGGAGUAAAACCAGGGUCUUCAGUUUCCCCAACUGCCACACUUACUCAGCAAACUGUACAAUCUGUUUUGUCAUACCUAUCCUUACACCAUCCAGAAAUAUUUCAUAAAUAUUUAUAUCCUAAGCCCUAUCAAAAGCCGUACGAUGGUAGUUAUGUUCGAAGAUGGUUGAGAGAAAUUCCACCUUCGUACAAAUAUGGUGAUGAUGGAGUUAUCCAGCCAUAUGGAGAUGUCUAUCAACCUGAUCCUUAUGACUACUAUGAUCCAGUUGAUUUAGACCCACAUUAUUGGCCAAGACGAAGGAAACCAUUGGGUGUGUUAAAACGUAGGAGACGAUACAAUCUGUAUAAACGCUUUAAUUAA